CAGCACUACCGUACGGUAGGUAGCGGAACAUAAUAUGCCGUGGAUUCUUAUUCAGAAAAUACUCUUCACGAGCCUUCGAGGUACCGUAUGUUACACUUCGAGCCCACGCAUACUCGUACUUCUUUUAUGCAAUCCCGAUCCGAGCCCACCAAGCGCUGCCGCCUGUUGUCUUUGCUGAUCUGCGUUGCACUAUUGAUUCAUUGCAGCGAGAACAGCACAACCAUCCAUCCGUUAGCGUUAGCGUUCGCGUUCCCACAAUUGCGCCUGGGAGUUCGCGUUCUCCGCACGAGAAAGACACCCCCGAAAAAGAUCCACGCCAACCCAAUCGUCCCGAACCGAAAGCCGUAUUCUUUUGUUGGUAGAACCACAUCCCGCACCAUGUCCACCGAAGAAACCAACGGCGGCAGCGGCGCCAGCGAUCUCCCCCGCAUCGACGGAUCCGAAACCAUCGGAAGCACCAGGUGGCUCAAGCUAGAAACCCUCUCGUACACCGACGCCACCGGCAGCCAGCGCAAGUGGGACUACGCCACCCGCACCACGAAGGCGAGCAAGUCCUCCACGGACGCCGUGGUCAUCAUCCCCCUCCUGAAGCGGCCCUACAAGAAGGAGGGCGAAACCGGCAACGAAAAAGACGAGGAAGACAAAGACGACGUUCUCGACACGCUUCUGGUCGAGCAGUUCCGGCCCCCGGUCGGGAGGGCCACCCUCGAGUUCCCGGCCGGGCUCAUCGACGCCGGGGAGACACCCGAGCAGGCCGCCCUCCGGGAGCUCCGCGAGGAAACCGGCUACGUCGGGGAAGCCUGUAGGAUCCCCCCGGUGGUCUCGAGGCAGGUCUGCAUGUCCCCGGGCCUCUGCGACGAGACGGUCCAGUGCGUGGUGGUGGUGGUGGACCUGGACAAUCCCUACAACGAUCCUUCGGGGGCCCUCUUCGAGGCAACCCCCGACGAGGGAGAGCACAUCACCGUCCACCGGGUGAGCCUCAAGGACGGCUUCCAGACCCUCCUGGACAAGGGAUCCUCGCCCAUGGCCAUCAUGGGGCUGUACCUCUUUGCGAUGGGGCUGGAGGUCGGCAAGACCAUGGGCAAGUGAAUCGACGACCGCAUCCGUGAACGGUGCGCACGAAUCGUUGGACAUGGCUUUGGUCGACCACGGCAUUGUCGUCGUCCGUAUCGAGAUGUGAGUAGCCACAUACAGAACAAGUACUGUGCCAGGGUGAUACAGAACGACUCUUUGCAAUCUUUGUGCACUGUUUUACCAGGACGGAGAAAAACGAAUCGAGAUUCGCACAAGCUUGCAUACCCACGAAACACCAAUCGAUGGAUCCAUGGCAUUCGAGGAAGUGACAAAGAGGGAGUUGUGAUUUACUACUAGUUGCUCUAUAUGGAUACUAUAAUUCAGGAAAUAACUGUAACCGUCUAAACAAUGAAGAGUCAAGAGCAAGCGUGUCACCCUGCGCAAUGCAGCCCAAUGCAAUACAAUACAACGCAAUCC